UCAGACGCAAGAGUCGCCCCCUGCCUGCGGCCUACGUUCAACCGCGACCUUGCCGGCGCGAACACAAAUUAAAUAACCUAAAAAUAGUUCUCCGCGUUGCCGACAACCCGAUUUCCUGGCAAAUUACGUUCGUUCAUCGUUCAUUACUGUGUAAAAGGGUAUCGAGAUGGCUUACCUAGCGAAGUACAUAUCGAGAAGUUCACGGCUGGCUACGUUUUAUCAGAGGGGGUAUAGUACAGCCUCCCCCUUUGUAUUUUCUGAAGAGGUUAGCUGUGCCAAGUCAGAGGGUAAACCGAUUGUCGCAUUAGAAUCGACGAUUAUUACUCAUGGUAUGCCUUACCCUCAAAAUUUGGAAACAGCUAAGCAAGUUGAACAUAUCAUCAGGGAAAGGGGUGCAGUUCCAGCGACGGUAGCGAUCCUGAAAGGUCAAUUGACGAUAGGAUUGUCGGAAGAUCAGUUGAGCUACCUGGCGCAAGCUAAAGGCGUGGUGAAGGCUUCACGGAGGGACCUGGCACCCAUAGCUGCGGCUAAGCUGGACGGAGCCACGACGGUCGCGGGCACCAUCAUCGCAGCGCAGCUUGCUGAUAUACCCGUGUUCGUUACUGGCGGAAUAGGUGGCGUGCAUCGUCACGGCGAGGACACACUGGACGUGUCGGCGGAUCUGAACGAGCUGGGACGCAGCAACACGCUCGUCGUGUGUAGUGGCGUUAAAUCCAUAUUAGACAUCGGACGAACUCUUGAAUACUUGGAGACACAAGGAGUAUGCGUAUGCGCGUUUGGUGACACGUCGGACUUCCCGGCGUUCUACACGGCUCGGUCCGGGUUUACCGCGCCGCACCGCGUGGCUGACGCGUCCGAGGCGGCGCGCGUGUUGCAUGCAGCACGUGAACUGCAGCUCUCGUCCGGUACGGUUGUUGCCGUACCUAUACCUCAGGAAUACGCUAUGGAUGAAAAGAUAGUAGAAGAUGCAAUCUCUGGUGCUCUGCAAGAAGCUGAAAAACAAGGCGUCUCCGGUAAAGAAGUGACGCCAUUCAUUUUGUCUGCAGUCGUUAAGGCUACCAGCGGCGCUUCUCUUAAAGCCAACAUCGCGCUCAUAAAGAACAACGCGAAAGUCGGCGCCGAUAUUGCAGUCGAAUUUAAAAAACUCAAGAAUGUAGACAAUUCAAGGAAUGCGUUUAAUAUUGGAUCGUCGAAGGGCGUUGGGAAAUGUUCGUCCAAUUCUUCGAGACAUUUUCACACUUCGUGCAGCAGGCGGGCUGAUGACGAGCCAUUGUUUUCUGCAGACAAGAAUUGCGACGGGGACGUUUUGGUGAUUGGCGGGGCAAACGUCGACCGUACUUACAGGUUGAAAGAAGAUGGCGUGCAGUUGGAUGGGAGCACUCACAUGUGUGGCACGGAGCAGGGUGCUGGUGGCGUGGCGCGCAAUAUGGCAGAGGCCCUGUACAGGCUUCGAGGUGGCCGCACCAAGCUCCUCACUGCCGUCGGAGAUGACGCCGACGGAGAAUAUUUGGCGAAUGUAGCCCCAGGACUGCUGCUGGAUGGUUGUUUAGUGAAAAAUGGUCGCACCCCUUCGUAUGCCGCAGUGAUGGACGUUCGAGGCGAAUGCCUGCUUGGACUGGGCGACAUGGCUCUCCAUAACAACAUCACAGUUGAUCUGGUGAAUAAGCACAUCAAUGUUCUAGAGAAGGCUCCUUUAGUCGUUUUAGACGGCAAUGUACCUCAAUCAACAAUAGACUACGUAUUAGAUACGUGUCAGCGUCUUCAAAAACCUGUAUUUUUCGAGCCAACAGACAGAAGAAAAGCUUCAAAGAUUAUACAACAUCAACAAAUAUCUUAUGCUUCACCAAACUUAUCCGAAUUACGAGCUAUGGCGCAAAAACUUGAAGCAUCCCAAAGGACUCAUACUAAGAAUAACAGUGAAAUCACCGAAAUUAUAAAAUUAUAUUCAACAGUCUCAAAAGUGAUUAAAUUCGUGAUUGUUACGAUGGGAUCCAAAGGGGUUAUUACUAUGAGAAGAAACACAUCACAUAAUAUAGUCACGAAAUUUUACCCAACUGAACCCAUAGCUAAAAUCGAAAAUGUGUCAGGAGCAGGAGAUUGUUUUUCAAGUGGCUUUAUUUUUGGUAUGCUCUCUGGACUUCAGGAAUCACAAAGCAUAUACAUAGGAUUUGAAGCUGCCAAGAUGGCGCUGCUGUGCAGAAACACAGUACCUCCUAACUUAAACAAUCUUUUGAAUACUACAUGUUAUAAAGAUGCAAAAUAUGAGCUUUUAGAAUGAAAAAGAAAAUUUUAUUAAAAU